AUGUCCACCCUCUCGACCGCCUUCGCUCGCUCCGGAGAUCACCCGGCUGUGAUCGUUCCUGGGAAGCCAGCACCGUUCAUUGCCAGCUAUGCGACGCUCAACGCUGACAUUGCGGCCUUUCAAGAGAAACUGGCGAAGCUAGGCAUAUCUCACGGCGCUGCUGUGUCCAUUGCCUUGACCAAUUCAUACGAGUUCAUCGUUUCGUUCCUUGCGACUUCCUGGCAGCGGGCCAUCGCCGCACCGCUUAACCCAGCAUACAAGCAGGAUGAAUUCGAAUUCUACAUCGACGACCUGAGCUCUUCACUGGCCCUUGUUCCGAAGGGUGCGUAUGCUCAGAACAGUGCUGCCGUGAGAGCGGCGAAGAAGUAUAAUGCGGCAAUUGCGGAGUGUUACUUUGACGGCUCCAGGGUGGUGCUGGAUGUGAAGGAGAGCGGCAAGUUGGCUGGGAAGGGAGGCCUACAGGUCCAGGCUGCUCAGCCAGACGAUACUGCCCUUGUUCUCCACACAAGUGGAACGACUGGUAGACCCAAGGCUGUACCGCUCUCACAUAAAAACCUGACCAGGACAAUGAGAAACAUCCAAGCUACAUACUCUCUGACGGGUAAUGACCGAACUUAUCUUGUUAUGCCGCUCUUCCACGUCCACGGGCUUCUCGCCGCUUUCCUCGCCCCGUUACAGUCUGGAGGGUCCGUCGUUGUGCCUCCCAAGUUCUCUGCUACCGAUUUCUGGUCGGAUUUCAUCACGUACAAGGCCAACUGGUAUACGGCGGUGCCGACCAUACACCAGAUCCUACUCAAGCAUCCAUUCCCAUCUCCCAUGCCAAAGAUCCGUUUCGUCCGCUCUUGCUCGUCACCGCUGUCUCCCAAGACAUUCCACGAAAUAGAACGUGCAUUCAAUGCUCCGGUUCUCGAAGCAUAUGCCAUGACCGAAGCCUCACAUCAAAUGACAAGCAACCCUCUACCGCCAGGCAAAAGACUGCCAGGGAGUGUUGGUAUCGGUCAAGGUGUCGAGGUAGGCAUCCUGGAUAGCGAUGGCAAGGAAGUUCCCCAAGGAUCUGAGGGAGAGAUCUGCGUGCGCGGUGAGAACGUCACCAAGGGUUAUCUUAACAACCCUGCCGCCAACAGAUCGUCGUUUACCAAAGAUGGCUUCUUCCGCACUGGCGAUCAGGGCAAGAAGGACAAGGAUGGUUAUGUCUACAUCACCGGUAGAAUCAAGGAGUUGAUCAACAAGGGUGGAGAGAAGAUCAGUCCUAUCGAGCUGGACAAUGUCAUUGCUCAGAACCCGCAUGUUGCAGAGGCUGUCUCCUUCGCUAUCCCAGAUAACAUGUAUGGAGAAAAUAUCGGUGUGGCUGUCGUCCUGAAGAAGAAGGGAAGCAUAUCAGAGGACCAGCUGAAGGCGGAGAUAGCGCCAAAGGUCGCCAAAUUCAAAGUCCCUCAAAGAAUCUGGAUUCUCCCUGAAAUCCCAAAGACCGCUACAGGCAAAAUCCAGCGCCGAAAGGUUGCAGAGGCGAUGCUCAAGAAAGAUUCAUCUUCAAAGCUCUAG